AUGGCUGAAACUGUUUUAAAUUUACUAUCAGAAUAUGAAAUACCAAUUGAAUAUUGCCAAGGUCAAAGCUAUGAUAAUGCGGCUAAUAUGUCUGGACAGUAUACAGGUCUUCAGCCUCGAAUCAAGAAUAUAAAUCCAAAAGCAAAGUAUAUUCCAUGUUCUGGGCAUUCACUCAAUCUAAUUGGGGCGUAUGCAGCUGAAAGCUGUCUUUAUGCAACACAUUUUUUUGAUUUGCUUCAAAAAUUAUUUAAUUUUUUUUCAUGUUCAACAAACCGUUGGUCGAUUUUGGAAGAAAAUAUUGGUAAGGGUAAAGUUGUUAAAAAUCUGAGUGAUACACGUUGGAGUGCACGAGCAAAUGCUUGCAAUGCUUUAUAUGCUUCUUAUGCUGGUAUAAAAAAUGCAUUGCUGUAUAUAAUUCAAAAUGCUGAUGAAAAACCUAUUUGCAAAGUUGAAGCUAAAGCUAUGUACAAUUUAUUGAAUACCUACUUUAGAAGUUUGUAUAAUGAUUUGCUUAUGGAAUUCAAUUUUAAAUAG